AUGUUACGACUUACAACAACAUUGCUGCAAGGUGGAAGACUGUUGCAGAGACCGUUGUACUCUGGUAUAGUGAAUACUGUUGGUACGCUGUCUCACAAUGGACUUUUGGACAAUCGCUCCCAGAAGAGAUAUUUGACGACCGGAAGAGAGAACCCUUUACUCCCGUUGGUUCUGGGAUGUGGAGUUGCUGGUUGCUGUCUUGCUGCAAAGUAUGUCGUUGAGAGUGCCGAGAGAUACAAAAACAAAACCGAUGGAAAUGGUGGUCACACAUACGCAAUGGCUUCUUUCUACCAAGGAGGUUUUGAGAAGGAAAUGACAAAGCGAGAGGCUGCUCUGAUUCUCGGUGUAAGAGUAAAUUCUGACGAAAAGCGCAUUCAGAAGGCUUAUCGCACGAUUCUUUUGAAAAAUCACCCUGAUAAAGGUGGCAGUCCUUACUUGGCCGCGAAAGUCAACCAAGCCAAGGACAUGUUGUUAGAAGGCAGCACUACGGGAUCUCAUUUGCAUGUUUGUCUCAAACACUCGAUUGUUCAAUCUUUAACACUCCAGUAUCUACAGCAAUCGUAUCCUCUCCGCUCUUAUAGCUUCCCUCCACCUUCAGCUUCAACGGCUUGUCCUCCUUCAGCUCGAACUAUCGCUCACAAAACCCGAUCACUUUUACGGUUAUCAACUGCUCCGCUUCGUUUUCUCCGUCGCCUGGAUGUACUUCGGACAUGA